AGAGGGGGCGGGCGGGCGGCUUGGGGAGAGGCAGCAGCUGCCGCUUGCCAGGGCUGCGCUCGGGGCGGCUGCUGUGGGUGAGCGUCUGAGGGGGGCGACGGGACGGGAGCGGGGGAAACCCCCGGGCCUCUGCUGCUCCCGAGAGUCCUGCUCACGGCGCCCGACAUGGACGAAGAGGGCGGCGGCGGCGGUGAGUGUACCAGAUGAUCUCUCCAUAGAAGAGAGAGAAGAACUUUUAAACAUUCGUCGCAGGAAAAAAGAACUAAUUGAUGAUAUUGAGAGGUUAAAAUUUGAAAUAGCAGAGGUUAUGACAGAAAUUGAUAAUCUGACUAGUGUAGAAGAAAGCAAAACUACACAGAGAAAUAAGCAAAUAGCUAUGGGAAGGAAGAAAUUCAACAUGGACCCUAAGAAGGGGAUCCAGUUUCUUAUAGAAAAUGACCUGCUGCAGAACACUCCAGAAGACAUUGCACAGUUCCUCUAUAAAGGGGAAGGAUUAAAUAAAACUGUAAUUGGAGAUUACCUUGGUGAGAGAGAUGAAUUUAAUAUUAAAGUUCUUCAGGCUUUUGUUGAACUCCAUGAGUUUGCUGAUCUCAAUCUUGUACAAGCCUUAAGGCAAUUCCUGUGGAGUUUCAGACUUCCAGGAGAGGCUCAGAAAAUUGAUCGUAUGAUGGAAGCUUUUGCUUCACGCUAUUGCCUUUGUAACCCUGGAGUCUUUCAGUCUACAGAUACAUGCUAUGUGCUAUCAUUUGCAAUCAUUAUGUUAAAUACUAGUCUACACAACCAUAAUGUAAGAGAUAAACCAACAGUGGAGCGGUUUAUAUCUAUGAAUCGUGGCAUUAAUGAAGGUGGGGACCUUCCAGAAGAACUGCUACGGAAUUUGUAUGAAAGUAUUAAAAAUGAGCCAUUUAAAAUUCCAGAAGAUGACGGGAAUGAUCUAACGCAUACAUUUUUUAAUCCAGACAGAGAAGGUUGGCUACUGAAAUUAGGGGGAAGAGUAAAAACAUGGAAGCGGAGAUGGUUUAUUCUGACAGAUAAUUGCCUGUAUUAUUUUGAAUACACAACAGACAAAGAACCUAGAGGAAUUAUUCCUUUAGAAAAUCUUAGUAUAAGAGAAGUUGAAGAUCCAAGAAAACCAAACUGCUUUGAGCUCUAUAACCCCAGCCAUAAAGGUCAAGUAAUUAAAGCCUGUAAAACUGAAGCUGAUGGUAGAGUGGUAGAAGGCAACCAUGUUGUGUACAGGAUAUCUGCCCCCACCCCCGAAGAGAAGGAAGAGUGGAUCAAAUCUAUUAAAGCAAGUAUCAGCAGGGAUCCCUUUUAUGAUAUGCUGGCAACAAGAAAGAGAAGAAUUGCUAAUAAAAAAUAGCACUUAACAUGGGCCACUUAUGGACCUGCACUAGUUAAUGUAUAAAUGGAUCAGUCAAGUGAUAAGGUAAAGUAAAAAUGAAGCAAGCUGAAUGAAAACCAUUAUUAGAAAUAUAUACAUUUUCUUACAUUGUAUCCCUUUGUAAGAUUAUCCAAGAUUAUUAUUAUUUUGCAUACAAUUCUGGAGCAAAAUUCUCAAGGGACAGUUGCAAGGAAUGAUUGUAAUGGAAUUUCAUUUACACUAACUGAAAACAUGGAAGCCUUAUGUGCAUUUUUAUUUGUUGCAAUUUCACCCUUCUGGGGAGAAAAUAUUUCAGGAUAAUAUGAUACUCUUCUGCCUGUUCCUUGAGCAUAUUGCUUAUGACAGGAGAUGUUGUCGUAAGGACUUUGACAAACUAACACCUCACUGUAAUACAGCACUCAGAACUGGUGUACAGGGCUACUCAGCACUUUUUUUUCUUUAUACAAAAAAACCUUGAUACUAGUUUUGAAAACAUAUCCUUAGCAAUGCAGCGGCAUUCUAACCUUCCUUUGUAGAAAAUGAAUGGCUAAUGUGAUGAGCUUUUAGAAUUUCUCCCUAAAUGAUGAAUAGUAGUAGCUUUAAAAUAUACCUUUUAAUAUUAGACUGUUAUCUAUACAGUUAACUCCUUCACCCCAAGCAAUACGAUAUGCAUAUUGAAAAUAUGCAGCUACAAAGGCAAGGGUUCAUGGGCUGAAGAUGUGACUUUGGGGACAGAUAGUUUUUCUUAAGCAGGCUAAACUUGUUGCUAAAGGUUUUGCGUUAUUACUGAGAAUCUCUGAUUUGUGUAUGGGUAAAAUGCUCCACAGUUAAACCGUGUUUUCUUUAAAGAAGGGGCAGUGUUAAGUUCUUAUUUGUGGAUGUAGCCCCAUGAAAGUCAAUAGGAUUACUUGUGUGAGUAAAGAGAGCAGAAUUUGGUCCUUCAGUUGGUUAACAAAAACCUGGAAUAAAGCAAACUGAAUGUGUUUGUUUUAUUUUUAAACAUGGCUUCUCCCAUUUGUGCUUCAGUGGCUUAAAACUGGGGAGAAGAGGGAAUAGAAAACCCUAAUUAUCUAAAUGUUUGAUCUCAUGCCAUCAACUCUACUAAAAUACUUACCAAGAUAUUUGAAAGUAAAUGGUUAUAUUAGAUAACUGGUUGAAUGUCUUUUGUAGGAUUCUAUUAGAUAUUGCUUCAUAACAUCCAUUUUCUAAGAUGCACAAACUUAUGGUCUAGCCUGCUUUAUUGAAACAUUUUAUUUAUUAAAUUAUACAAAAAUAUUUGAUUGGGGUAAAAUCCUUAAUUUUAUGAUGGAAAAUAUUUUGUUGACCUUGCUCCUGUGUUCAUGCUCUUGUAGCUUUCCAUAUGUUACUUCAACCUGUGCCAUGGCAUCUGUGCCUUUAGUGCUUUAGAGCUUCCAUAUUUGGACAAACAAAACACAACUGUUGACUUAAACCUACAAAAGCAACUUUGACUACAGUGUAGGGAAUUAUUCUGCACUGGGAGAAACAUGGACAAGAUUACUUACGAGUCUCUUUCAUCUCUAACUUCCAUUCAAGCCAAGGCUUCCAUCUUACUAACUUGCCUUGUGCUGUGUGGAACCUAAGAGCAGCAUAUGAAUACUGUGGGCACUGUCUGCCUUCAGAUGGGCUGAUAGAAAAGAAUGGAGGAGAAGCCCCCACACAAAAAAAAAUCAAAAAAGGAAAUUAUCUCGUUAAAGGAGUAUUAAGAUUAAUGCUCAGUUAUGACAGCUUUGAAACCAUGCAAGAGGGAUAACAUCCAUGGAGCCAGGACUUCAAGGUCAGUUGUGGACUCUGUGCAUAAUUGGAACUUUUAAAAAUUAAAGUAUUCAACUACACAACUCUCAUAUCACAACCUGUUUCUCCUUUCGUUCCCCCUAAUUUUAAAAAAGUUUAACAGUGCGAUUAAUUUUUUUAAUUGCUUGACAGCCCUAUCUUAAGUUAAACAGUAAUAGAAUACCAUUUAUUUAAAUAGUUUUGGAUGUUUUCUACAUUUUCAAAUAUAUUGAUUUCAAUUACAGCACCAUACAAAGUGUACAGUGCUCACUUUAUUUUGAUUACAAGUAUUUGAACUGUAAAAAAAUAGUAUUUUUCAAUUCACCUAAUACAAGUACUGUAGUGUAAUCUCUUUAGCAUGAAAGUUGAAUUUACAAAUGUAGAAUUAUGUGCAGAAAAUAACUGCAUUCAACAAUAGAACAAUGUAAAACUUUAGAGCCUGCAAGUCCACUCAGUCUUACUACUUGUUCAGCCAAUCACUCAGACAAACAAGUUUGUUUACAUUUGCAGGAGAUAAUGCUGCCCACUUCUUGUUUACAAUGUCACCUAAAAGCGAGAACAGGUAUUCUCAUGGCUGUUGUAGCCAGUGUUGCAAGAUGUUUACGUGCCAGAUGCGCUAAAGAUUCAGAUGUCCCCUCAUGCUUUAACCAUCAUUCCAGUGAACGUAUGUCCAUGCUGAUGACGGGUUCUGUUCGAUAACAGUCCAAAGCAGUGUGGACCGACGCAUGUUCACGUUCAUCAUCUGAGUCAGAUGUCACCAGCAGAAGGUUGAUUUUCUGUUUUGAUGGUUCAGGUUCUGUAGUUUCCUCAUCGGAGUGUUGCUCUUUUAAGACUUUUGAAAGCAUGCGCCACACCUCAUCCCUCUCAGAUUUUGGAAGGCACUUCAGAUUCUUAAAUCUUGGGUCGAGUGCUAUAGCUAUCUUUUGAAAUCUCACAUUGAUAUCUUCUGUGUGUUUUGUCAAAUUUGCAGUGAAAGUGUUCUUAAAAUGAACAUCAUCAUGUGCUGGGUCAUCAUCCGAAACUGCUAUAACAUGAAAUAUAUGGCAGAAUUCAGGUAAAACAGAGCAGGGGACAUAACAUUCUCUCCCAAGGAGUUCAGUCACACACAUUUAAUUAACGCAUUAUUCUCUUUAACAAGCGUCGUCAGCAUGGAAGCAUGUCCUCUGGAAUGGUGGCCAAAGCAUGAAGGGGCAUACAAAUGUUUAGCAUAUCUGGCACAUUUGUAGCCGGCCUUGCAAAUGCCUGUUCUUACUUUCUGUUGACAUUGUAAAUAAGAAGAGGGCAGCAUUAUCUCUCGUAAAUGUGAACAAACUUGUUUAUCUUAGCGACUGGCUGAACAAGGAGGAGAUUGAGUGGACUUGUAGCCUCUGAAGUUUUACAUUAUUUUAGCAUGCAGUUAUGUAACAGUCUUCAUUUGUUAGUUGCACUUUUCCGACACAGAGCUUGCACUACUGUACUUGUAUGAGGUGAACUGAAAAAUACUAUUUUCUUUCACAGUGCAAAUAUUUGUAAUCAAGAAUAAUAUUCUUUGAUUUCAAUUACAACACAGAAUACAAUCUAUAUAAAAAUGUAGAAAGAUAUCCAAAGUAUUUAAUACAUUUCAAUUGGUAUUCUGUUGUUUAACAGUGUGAUUAAACGCAAUUAACUCAAAAAAAGUAAUCAUGUGAGUGAGUCAACUGCAAUUAAUUGACAGCCCUAAUAAGUAUGUAUGUAUGUUUGUGUUUUUUUUUUUUGUUAGGGAGGGCUUAGCUGGAAACAUUUGGAUUUGUCACCAUUUCUAUUACAAAUAUAAACCAUGGUUGUUUUAAGGUGUAAAACUGUAAACAAAUCAUUUUAAUUAUUAAAGUAGUCUAGAAGGUUACAAAAGCAUUGAUGGGCUAUGAACACUUUCUGUACCAGUCCUUACAUCCCUGAAAACAGCCUGCUUAUUGUCAAGGAUAUUUGUCUAUAAGCAUGAAGGAAAUGCCUUGAGAUGUGAUCUGCUGUAUUUAGUUUGAAACUUCAUCACCUGUACAUCUAACACUUGGAAUGGUGUGUAACUACGGUAUGUUAUAGCAAGAAAUAUAUAUACCAUUCUUUAGCAUUUAAAGAGAGUCAUCUAAGAAGCAGCAACUUAUGUCAAUAUUUUUUAUUCUGAAUGAAAGAUUAAAUAUGGUGCUCAAUAUAAUUAAUUUACCACUAAUGGUGCCAGUAGCAUUUUUGUGUAAGAAUAUUUUAUUUCAAUGGUUCUCUGUAGCAUUAUUAACAGGGAUUGAAAUUGAGCCAAAAUUUCCACUGGCCUUAAGAAUUAAUUUGCAAGGAAAAAUGGUUUAUGAAAAUUUUGGCCAGAUUAAGUACUGUCCAUAAGGGGAUGGACCCUCUCUUGUGAGGAUUUAAGGUUAGGAUGAGUUUAAGGCAAGCUGCCAUCAUGGCCUAAAGCACCACUUGUUUUUGCUGGCCUAGCCUCAGAAAAAGCAAUCGAAUUGCAGUUGACUUCCCUAUUCCUGUUUUUGUAUUGAAAAAUCUCCCUAUUUUUCAGCUCUUAAGAGGUUCUCAUAUCAUAGCAGGGUUGUUUUUUUAUACAACAUAAAGCAACAUGGGGACAAUAGGCAGAGAUUCCGGCAACAGACUGCUGCUUCUGCUACUUUUCUGGCCCCUGCCAGCAUCCAUAACUUUCAUGGCCCUAGGUCACUACUAAUUUCAACUUCAGUUAGUGUCAUCUAGGGAAGAAAUAUAUAUAAAAUAUAUAAUACUUAAGAUCAGCUGGACUGAUUUAAAGGCUACAUAACCUGACAAAAAGCUCUUUUUAGUAAGUCACUUAACAUUUUGAAGCAUAUGGUACAAAACCACCUUUUUAAACUUAGCAUUUAUAAUGCUUCAUAUAUAGAGCAAUGCAUAUUUUUAAAAUUUUAAUACGUAUCUAUCUAGAUAUGCUUGCUGGAAAAGUUAGGUCUCUUGUAGAUGAGAAGCUAUAAAUUGUGGUUUACCAGUUUAUUUCUAUAUUUUCUUGGAAAGCAUUUCUAUUUACAGUUCAGUAUAAAGUUAUUGUAAAUACUGUACAGCUAUGUAUUGAUUUGUUACGCAUUGUACACAAUUUGCAUGAAAAUUAUGUAUCAAGCAAGUCUGAGGUAAUAUUAUGGCUGUGUAAAUCCAUUGCAAAUAUUAAUGGGCUUGUUUACCAGUAAGAUGUUUAAACUAUGGUGAGAUUUCACUUUGAAAAAUAAAAUAAAAGUAUGAAACUAU